UUGAACAUGAAGAACCUCUCAACGUAAAAUGCUUCACCACCACUCGAAUUUGGAAUUUCAUUCAUUCGCAGAAAGAUUAACGAAGAGGAAGAAGCAUCCAGCUAUGGGGAACGCUGGUUCUCCAACACUACCCUUAUCAAAGCUAGAUAUUCCGGUUGUAUCCUUUCGAAGAAGAAGUUCGUUCACCCCGUCACCUCUCAGUUUCCGCCAUACCCAUUUGCAGAAACUCGCUGUUUCUCAUAGCACCGUGGAGUUUCCUCGCUUGAGAUUUAAUGGGUUUGCGUUGCAUUCACUUUCGAACGACUACUCUGUUGGCGGUGAUCGUCAAAUUCAAGAGGAGUCUCUGUCGCCAGAAUCUCAAGUGGAAAGCCGGAUGUGGAACUGGAAAGGUUAUUCGAUCCGAUAUCAGUGUUCUGGGAACAAUGGCCCUGCCUUGGUUCUGGUUCAUGGUUUUGGUGCUAACAGUGAUCAUUGGAGGAAAAAUAUACCGGUUCUUGCAAAAUCACAUCGGAUAUAUGCAAUUGAUCUUCUUGGUUAUGGAUAUUCUGACAAACCAAAUCCUCGUGAGUUUGGAGGCAGCCUCCUCUAUACAUUUGAAACAUGGGCUUCCCAACUAAAUGAUUUUUGCAUUGACGUGGUUAAAGAUGAAGCUUUUUUCAUUUGCAAUUCCAUUGGGGGACUUGUUGGUCUUCAGGCAGCCGUGAUGGAGCCACGGAUCUGUAAAGGCAUUGUCCUAUUAAAUAUAUCCUUGCGUAUGCUUCAUAUAAAAAAGCAGCCAUGGUUUGGAAGACCUUUCAUUCGAUCAUUCCAGAGUUUGCUGAGGGAAACUCCAGUACGAAAUUUUUUUUUCAGAGCUGUUGCCACACCUGAGUGUAAGAAUAUUCUUUGCCAGUGUUACCAUGACACUUCCCAGGUGACCGAGGAACUAGUUGAGAAUAUUCUUCGUCCAGGACUUGAGCCAGGUGCAGUGGAUGUCUUUCUUGAGUUUAUUUGUUACUCAGGGGGCCCUCUUCCUGAGGAGUUACUCCCACAGGUGAAGUGUCCUGUUCUGAUAGGGUGGGGAGACAAGGAUCCGUGGGAGCCCCUUGAACUCGGAAGAGCCUAUGGGAAUUUUGAUUCUGUUGAGGAAUUCGUUGUCCUUCCUAAUGUUGGCCAUUGCCCACAGGAUGAAGCGCCUCAUCUGGUUAAUCCCCUUGUUCAAUCAUUUGUGGCCCGGCAUGCUAGACCUCCAGCUGGUGUUUCCUGGAAUGACUGAUCUACGACAGGUCAUUUUGUUUUUAUUCCUCUGUAAAAAGAUAUUCUUUACAUGCAAAUCUUUUUCAAAACCAUGACUGAAAUUAUACAUGUAUGUAUAAUUCAGAGAGCUGUUUGCAACUGUUGGCUAGUUGGCUGUAUCUCUUCACUAUAGAUCUCUGUUUCUGUAAUUAAGUUUUAACAGAUCUAUUCAUUCAAUACAUAAUUGACCUUCUCCAUUGAAUAAAGUUUUCC